GGAAGAGGUGGUGUUAUAGGGCUUUGCUGGCGGUGGUGGCGGCUGUUGCGACUUUGGACGUUGGUGCGGCGCUAGGAUGAACGCGCCUCCCGCCUUCGAGUCGUUCUUGCUCUUCGAGGGCGAGAAAAAGAUUACCAUUAACAAGGACACCAAGGUACCCAAUGCCUGUUUGUUCACCAUCAAUAAAGAAGACCACACGCUAGGAAACAUCAUUAAAUCACAGCUGCUGAAGGACCCGCAGGUGCUGUUCGCUGGCUACAAAGUCCCCCACCCCUUGGAGCACAAGAUCAUCAUCCGGGUGCAGACCACCCCGGACUACAGCCCGCAGGAGGCCUUCACCAAUGCCAUCACGGACCUCAUCAGCGAGCUCUCCCUGCUGGAGGAGCGCUUCCGGGUGAGCGGCGCUGGGUCUGCCCGGAGCUGCGGUGUCCUCGUGCCCACAGCCCGGACAGCCCGUGGAGAGUGUCCUAAGCUCUAGGGGGCGUGGGGGGAGGUGGUUCCAGAGGACGUGGACGAGGGGCAGGGCGUUAAGGCUGGGGGCCUGUUGGGUGCAGGCACGGGUGGGAACCGGAGUGCUUGCUCCAAGGGCUCCUGCGGCCCUUUGGGACUGCUCCCCCGAGCCUUCUCUGGUAAGGCCUAGCCACUUCCGGGGUGUUUGUGUAGGGGCAGCUCAUCCCAGGGUGGGGCCCCACAGUUAAGGAGGCCGAGAGGGGUGGUCACACCUGUCCACGCAGAGGGCCUCAGAGUCUGACCUGGG